AUGCCGGCAGCCGCCUACCUCGGCCUCGUCGCCAUCCCCAUCUUCGGCAUCGCCGCCGGAAUCGCCUUCGAGGAGGGCGCCAUCAAGCAUGCCCCCACCAACACGCUCGCCACCCUCAUGGAGGCCUGCACCGUCCCGUCCAGGCAGAGCCUCCGCAGCGACAUCACCCGGGGUCUUGUGCCCCAGGUUGACAACUUCUUCUGCCUCAUCAUCCCCUUUUUCAAGUCGGCCGUCGCCAGCCGCCUCAACAUCGGCGCACUUUCCGUCCUUGCCUCGCUCAUGAUUCCGCUUCUGACAAGGCUGACCUACCAGGCCGUCUCGCCCAACCGAAAGACUGGCCUCUUCAGCGGAGUCUGGAUCUUCCUCAUCGCCGCCAUUGGCCAGCUCCUCGGCUUCGGAAUGGUCUCGGUCAGUCUCGGCCUCUGUAUCUACACGCUCGGAUCAUACCUGGCCUUCAAGCGCACCUCGGCCGCUGUCGCCCCGGUCCCCACCGCUCCCGGCUCCAUCUACCUCUGCAACAUCGCCCUCCUCCUCACCGGCGCCACUGUCAUCGGCUCCAUCUUCCUGGACCGCGAAGGCAACAACUGGUUCCGAUGCCAGGUCGCGUUCCAGUUCUUCCCGCUCUUCCUGAUCCCCGUCGUCCUCGCCUCGGUCUCGACGCCGCUCAUCAACACUGAGAAGGCGUCGCGCGACGAGCUGAUGUGCUGGGAUGCCGAGAGCGUCAGCUACAGCUUUGAGCGCACGUGGUCCUACUACCGCAAGUAUGCCCUCGCCUCCACCGUCGCCUACUGGUAUGGAGCUCAUCGGAUCAUUGUGGGCCUCGUCACGGACAAGGACAAGUACGACGACGUCACCCACUUCUUUGUCUUCGACAUUGCCGGCACUCUGGUCGCACUCGUCUCGCUGGUGAUUCUGGAACGACUGACGUUCCGUUCCAAGGCGUCCAAGCACCCUCUGACGGGCGCACCGCGAUCGCAGCUGGACAUUGAAUGCGACAAGGCCAUCUCGCGGGCGCCCGCAGGAUCGCCCUGGCUGGAGAAGACCGCCGCCGGCUUCAUCACCGCCGCAAUCAUUGCCGGUCCGGGCUGUGCGGCGGCGCUGUGGUGGUGCUCUGGCGAAGAGGAGCUGGGAUGGAAGGCCAGAAAGGCGUGGAGGGAGGCCGUCGCUGUCGAGGGCAAGAAGGAGAAGUAA